AUGGGCCAGCAUACCGAGCCUCUAGCCGAGCUAGAGUGCCCCGUCGGUGAUCACAAUGUGCCACAAGACGUAGGUUCGGCGGCAGACGACGAUGUCGAAGCUGAAUACAAAAACCUGAUGUUCCAAGGUGUACCAAAUUCGAGCAUAAACGCAGAACGGGACGACCAGACGCACUGGUUGCGUCGAAUGAACCCACACGAGUCCUUCUACGAAUGGAAAAAAGAAGUUGGGCAAGCUUUCCGGCGUAUCUCGAAACUAACUGCGCAAAAACCCAAACGCACCUCGGUCGCGAAACAGGGCAAAUCCUCGGCAGGUCAAACGGCUCUAGAAGAAGCCUUUACACGCAAUUUGGCGUCCGACCUCAUUGAUACGCUUUUGUCGGGCUGCCCAGCGGCUCUAUUUGCAGGCGGUUCUUUUCUGCGCGACGAACACGGCGUCAGACGCGCGUCGUUGUUGUUGGCCAUGCUCGGUGUCAAAGUGCGUCCCCUACAGGCGCCCAGCGCGGCAAAUAACUUGAGGCAUAUGGAUUCUGCCGCGAACGCCAGCGACAACUCGUCGAUUUUGAGUCUUCUGGAGUCCGAAACUAACAAUUCUAUGUACACUUUGGAACUCGAGUACGGCGUGGGUCCCAAUCGCAUGAAAUGGUCUGUUAUCAAGUCUUAUAAGGAUCUCGCGUCUUUGCACGGAAAACUAAAACUGAUUUCGUUCCAGCAGAAUACCAUCAACAAGCUUUACAUCGACCACAAUCGCUACCGCCAAACCUACUUACCGCAUUUUCCUCGACUAGACGACAACGCAAGGCGGGGCAAAAAAAAAAGUGGAUUACACAGAGGUCGCAAAGAUGAGAAUACGGAAUCCGGCAUACCAUCUCCAUCUGCAGACAUGGCUUCGCUCGUGUCCAGUCGUGCGUCGCUACAGUUCCAAGUGGGUAGACUCAAAAUGAAGCAUUUGGAAGAUAUUUUAGAAGAAGAAGACGACUAUUCCCAACCGAUGCACUUGCGCCUUGAGCGCUACUUACGUCUCCUGAACUUGGCGUUAAGCCUUCGGCCGCAAUCGAAUCGCCUGUUCCAAUUUUACGAGCUCUCUCCGAUUGGUAACUUGCUCAGUUACGAAAAUGGGUAUCAAGGCAAACAAGGCUAUAUGGUAGUGAGGUCAACGGCAAGAACUCAAGGUUGGCGAGUAGCUCAUCUUCGCUUCGACGACUUGAGAGCAAUGGUAGAACGUCACACGAAUAAAUGGUUUCUAAUUAGGCACUCCUACAUUACCUACGUCUCCGAUCUUUGCUCCACCACGCCGCUUGAUGUCUUUUUGGUGGAUUCGCAAUUUAAAGUGAAAGCGGUUGGUGAAGUCGAUGGCACUUUAGACACAUAUCGAGAUUUCGACCCGACAGAAGACAAAUCGAAAAGAAUCUCCGCGAAACUUUUGAUUACAUUGGAAAACAACGAACGGAAACUUCAGGUUAUCGUUAAAUCAGAAUUUUUACUCAAACUUUGGAUGGCUUCCAUUUCAAAAAUGGUAAAGUCUACCAUUUGGUCUCAACCUCACAGAUUUGAUAGUUUUGCCCCGGUUCGCAAAAACUGUUUUUGCAAAUUCUUUGUAGACGGCAGAGAUUACUUUUGGGCUUUGAGCGAAGCCUUUUCCAUGGCUCAGGAUGUGAUCUUUAUACAUGAUUGGUGGCUUUCGCCGGAACUUUACAUGCGUCGUCCCGUUAAAGGAAAUCAGGAAUUCAGGAUAGAUAGAAUCUUGAGAGAAAGGGCUGAGAAAGGUGUCAAGAUUUUCAUUGUUGUCUACAGAAAUGUUGGAACUACGGUGGGGACUGAUUCCCUCUGGACAAAGCACUCUAUGCUAAAUCUUCACCCUAACAUUCACCUUAUUCGGUCCCCAAAUCAGUGGCUACAAAACACGUACUUCUGGGCUCAUCACGAAAAAAUGACCGUCAUAGAUCACAGCAUAGCCUUUAUGGGUGGCAUUGACCUUUGUUAUGGCAGAUUCGAUACCCCAGAGCACGUUCUUUGCGAUGAGACGAACGACAUACAACAGCAGACUUUUCCUGGAAAGGAUUAUUCAAAUGCCAGGGUGUGUGAUUUCUAUGAUCUCGAUAAACCCUUUGAAUCGAUGUAUGAUAGAUCUGUCGUCCCGCGAAUGCCGUGGCAUGAUGUUCACAUGAUGACCGUCGGCGAAGCCGCCCGCGACAUGUCCCGUCACUUUGUUCAGAGGUGGAAUUAUCUGUUGAGACAGAAAAGACCAACGAGACCCACUCCUCUCUUGACCCCCGCCAGUGAUUUUACUAAAGAGGAGAUGAGAAGCUCACCCCUGUUCAAUAGUAUCAAGCCAAGAUCCACUUGCGAAGUCCAAGUCUUGAGAAGCGCAGGGAAUUGGUCGCUGGGCUUGAAGCAAACCGAAAAAUCUAUUCAAAACGCUUAUUUGAAACUGAUAGAAACCUCUCAGCACUUUGUUUAUCUGGAAAACCAGUUUUUCGUAACUAGCUCAAGUUGGGACGGUGUCGUUGUCGAAAACAAGAUUGGAGAUGCCUUGGUUGAUCGCAUCAUCAAAGCCAAUAGCGAGGGAAAGCCAUGGAAAGCAUUCAUUGUCAUUCCUCUAAUGCCUGGGUUUAAUGCUCAAGUGGAUGAUCCUGAUGGAUCGAGCGUUCGCGUCAUCAUGCAAUGCCAAUAUCAGUCGAUAUCUAGAGGGGAUACAUCUAUUUUCGCUAGAUUGCGACAAUUGGAUAUUGACCCAAUGCAGUACAUUCAAUUCUUUUCUUUGAGGAAGUGGGCAUCUAUUGGCCCUCAGGAAAGACUGGUCACAGAGCAACUUUACGUCCAUGGCAAGGUCAUGAUUGUAGAUGACAGAAGUUGUAUCAUUGGGAGCGCUAAUGUGAACGAACGUUCGAUGUUGGGGAAUCGCGACAGCGAAGUAGCAGCUUUGAUUCGAGACACGGACUUAGUCGAAAGCCGAAUGAAUGGACACCCUUAUUUGGCCGGGCGGUUUCCGUGGGAAUUGCGUCAAAGGUUGAUGCGUGAACACUUAGGAUGUGAUGUGGACGUAGUCGAGAUAGUGGAGCGGAAAUUUGGAAAACUCGAGCAGACAGCAAGCCGCAACACCUCGACUCUUAACCUUUUACCCGAAGAUGAGCAAAAUGAUAGGAAAAUUUUACUUUCGUCGCUAUUUGAACUAGCUUAUAGGGAGGUUAUGAGUGUAAAUGCUAGUGAAGGCUGGAUGAAGAAGUUUCAUAACAAAAAUGGCAAAUUUGGAAUCCAAGAUCAGCCCCAUGAAACAAAUUCUUCCGGACCCCUUGAUAUGGCCUCUAAUGCAAAGUCAAAUCUCCCUCGCGAAAGUUAUGAGAACCUUGAAGCUCCGUUUUCUAACAAGCACUAUCAUUCUUUCAACAACCGCGCUGGCGAGGCUAACUUGGGCUUAAGAGAUAAUAAAGCAGUCAGCACAGAUCCCCGGUUAGUAAACAAUGAAAAACAUGCUCAAGAAGUUGAAGGUUUAGGUCCAGAUGGAUGGAAGAAAACGACUGCACAAUUUAAACAAAACGUAACCGACAAAUUGCGCUCAUGGGCCGAAAAAAUGCUCUCGAAUGGUCACAAACGAAACAAGAGCCAAGGGAACAUCUUUUUGCCGAGCAGAGACGAUGUUGAGGCUUACUUGGCCGAGAAGCAUAUAAGCGACGAUGAAAAAUGGGAUAUGCUGAAAAGAAUAUGCUACCUCCAGCAUCUAUCUUACAAGAAGGAGGCCAAAAAACCGGGUACAUCCAGUCAAGAGCAACAGCACAAUCACGAUCACAAAACAGCCAGCACUAAGGAAGUCUUACACCGAAUUGCCAAUGCGGAAGUGCUCGAUGCCGAAGAGCUCGAUGAUGAUGCAAUAGACGAACUGGUUCGACAGAUAAUACCGGCUGUCGGCAAUAAGCAACUGGAUCAGACGUCAAUUUUCAGAUUCAACUUUGUCGAUCCGUACGCCUUCGAGGAUCCUUUGGCCGACUCAUUUUACGAAGAUAUGUGGUUCACAAUUGCUCUGCGGAAUACACUCAUCUUCCGCAUGGUUUUCCAUUGCCAACCAGAUAAUGCGGUUCAGUCUUGGCGUGACUACAAAGAUUUCAAAAGAAUGGCAGCUGAUUUCGAGAUCAACCAAGAUGUUAUCACUAAACAAGAGCAAAAUGGCGACAAACCAGGGCAAGUGGGCCAAACAAAAGUUGCGAAAACGGUUUCUCACAAAUCCGAAGGCGGAACUGAGUCUCUACCUUCACAAGAGGAUCAUAUGCUCCGCAAUAAUAAUAAUAAUAGAACGAAUGGAGUGAGAGCAAAAUUGUCCAGUAGCGUCUUGUAUGGAGCCAAUAGACGGAUUUACGACAAACACACAGCCCGGAAACUUUUGGAAAGAAUCAAUGGACACCUCGUGGUCUUUCCCACGGACUGGCUUGCUAAAGAAGUGGAUUCUAAGAAUUGGUUUUACACCGCUGACAGAUUACCUCCAAUUGACAUCUACGACUGA